ACCUAACGCGGCUAACGCGGCGGAACUCUCGUUUGAAGUGGAUCAGUGGACCUCUCUCCUGCAAGACUCCUCCUGCAACCCACCGCCGACGGCGGAACUCUCUCGGUUCUCGUUUCGUAUCGGAGAGGGAGGAGAGAGAGGGCCAGGCGGGCGGCGGUGGAUGAAUACCUCUCAAUACCUCACUCACGUGAUCACUUGAGCUGCACACAAAUACAUGACGCAGCUCAGAUAUGUGCACGGAAGCAUCAGGCACAGAAGCAUCAAGGUGUCGCUUUCGUCUGGAAUACAUUUCUAGACACAUCAAGACCGGAGAUGUAUUGCACGUUGUUGUGUACGCAGAGGGCCGUUCGUACACAGCAAUGCAGCAGCAAGCAGCAAGCAGUGGAUGCCGUGGUUAUGUCUCGAUCAAGACCGCACGCACCGCCCGGGAGAGGCGGCAGGGUCGACUUGUUAGGGUAGCAACCUACAAUGUGCGUACACUGGCCGUGAACGGGGCCAACGGCUAUGGGAGAGCCGACAGCGUCUUACACGAGGCAGCGAAACAGGGCAUUUCGUUUGUCGGUCUGCAGGAGGUCAGGAGACCAGGGCGAACGGAGUUCGCAGCAUCCGGUUUUCGGGUGUUCACCUGUGGCACGGACAAGGGUGGUACGCAUGGCGUCGGAAUCGCUGUGGAGGAGACGCUGUGCAAAUCCUCCCAGUACACCACGGAGUACGUGGACGAGCGCCUCAUGGCUAUGAGGUUUGAGAUGAUGGGCCACCGCGGAGCGGUGACCUUCGUGGCUGCGUAUGCCCCAACAGACGUGGCCACCACCGAGAGCAAACACAUGUUCUGGGAAAAACUUGACAGUCUCGUGCGUCGUACCCCCGCUAAGGAGUAUCUUUUCGUGCUCAUGGAUGCCAAUGCCCAGACCGGAGGAGGGAUAGCCGGGGAAAACGAAAGAACCAUGGGCGAGUACGGGCGCAAUGAGCUGAACGACAACGGUCGGCUGCUGCUGACCUUCGCCACAGACAACAGACUAGCGGUCCUCAACACCUUCUUCGACACACGGAAGAGCGGGAUAUGGCAUACGUUCAACGGCCCGUCGGGACGCGAACGUAGGUGCCUCGAUUACAUCCUGACGCGCCAAUCACACCGCGACCGAGUGUCCAACAUGGAGGUCGUACCUCAGCCAGUGCGCCCAGUCAGAGCGGACUCAGACCACAACAUCGUAGUAGCCACCGUCGACCUCGGUGGCCGGCUGGCCCACAACCGACCUAUCCGGACAAACCCCAAACGGCGGCAGUUCAACCGACAGGAUCUGCAGGUCGAGGCAGCGCGAUGGGCGGUGUCCCAACGGUUUCUCUGCAACUUGCUCGCGAGGUCGGGCGCGCCGGCGACCACCGCUCAGGAAAUGGCGAAGGAGUUCACGGAGGCCCUGCUUGGCGCGGCGGAGACGGAGCUGUCUGAGGAACCCCGGAGGCGGCGCACCCCGGAAUGGAACAUGACCGCCGCGGCACGGGCAGCCCUGGCGACCGCCCUUGACAAGCGACGGGCGGCGCGGCAUGCCUUCAAGGCCAGACCGAACGCAGCAACGUGGAGGACCCUCAAAGCAGCGUGCAAGGGGGUGAAGGCAACAAUCGCAACGAGCGUCUAUGACCACCUGGAAGGGUACGUGACGGAGCUCGAAGCGAUUUAUCAGGACCGCGACAUGCGGGGGCUGCACCAACACCUCAAGCGAUCAACGGGCCUCAGCGGGAGACAAGCUGGGGGGCAGCAGUUCGUUACAGAUGAGAACGGCGUGCUGCUCCGGAACAAGAAUGCCAUCCUCAAGCGGUGGCGGAGAUUCUUCGAUACCCUCCUGAACUCCAAGUCCCCCACCCUGAACCCAGACGUUGUCGAACAGGUGACGCAGCGACCAGCGACGCGCGCCAUCCGACACCUGGCGGCGGUACCAGACCUCGAGGAGAUUGAGGUGGCAACGAAAGGUUUGGGGAACUGGAAGGCGGUUGGCCCCGACCUCCUUGCCGCCGAACUGCUCAAGGUCGACGGCGACGACGAGCCCAUUGUCCUGGAGCGCCUCCGUGCCAUCUUCGUCGAAGUGUGGAAUGGGGGAGAGAUGCCGCAGGAGUGGAAGGAUGCAUUCAUUAAGGUGUUGUACAAUAAGGGUGACCGGACGAACUGCAACAACUUCAGGGGCAUCUCGCUGCUCUCGCAUGUAGGCAAAAUACUCGCCAAGACCAUCACCAACCGCCUGAGCGCAUUCUGCGAAGCCAACGAAAUCCUCCCGGA